UGCAGGGUGCUCAGUCGAGAGCGGAGUGUGUGAGUGUGCACACAACAGAGAGAGCAGACGAUAGAAAGAGGGAGCUGUUCUACUCUGGUUUUUAUUCAGCUUAUCCGUUUGUCUCCUCCUGACACCCAGGACUCCUCUGGCUCUAUCUAACCCAGCAGGGUGCUUUCUGUUGGUGUAACAUUAGACCAGUUCAGCCUCCCUCCUUUUGGGAACUCUGGAGCUCCCUCUCUCACCGUCUGUGUUUGCUCUCCAUCGACUGGCUGAUUUUUCUUAAUUUGGAGUGUGUGAGAGUGUGUUUUACUCGGCAGGAUUAGGCAGUCAGUAUGCACUCUGGUACAAGCUGGUACGGUGGAGGGCGUUUCACUCGUAAGUGUGCGUCGUUGCCUCUCGCUCUGUGAGCCGCACUUGAGUCUCAUACACUCGUCGGAUCUAACGGAACGAGCACCCACUCUUCCCAAGGAUUUGGGAUAUUUGUAUAAAGGUUUAGCCUUCCCUGAAUUGUGGAUACAGAGAGGGCUCCACCUUACAACUUCCCUGAGGAGUAACAUCGUCUGAGCAGGUUGAGAGAGGGAGGAGCUCCCUCUUGUAUUUCCAGGCUGACCCGUGAGGUCUCUUGGUAUUGAGGAGUUGCUUUUCCCAUUAAACGGAAUUUCAGAGAGCGAACCUGAUGAGAGGAUGCAGCAGGAAGCAGAUGUGAGACUGAGCCCGACCUGAGCCCUCAUCCCCCGCCCCCGCCCCCACCCGGCCGUCCCAUCAUGCACAUGCCGUUUCGAGGUCGUCUGAAGCUGCUGGUGGCAUCUCUGACCGCCGUCAUCCUGCUCACCUGGCUCUACCUGCUGGCUGGGAACCUGGAGAAUGGGCGUUCUCUCCUCCUGUCCCCCUGUUUGUCAGAGACCCCCGAGGCACGGGUUCUAGAGCGGGCGGUUCUAGAGUCGCGGGUGCGCGAGAUAGAGGAGGAGAACCGGCAGAUCCGCCUGCAGCUCAGCCAAUUGCAGGGCACGGCCGGCCAGCCCGCCGACGGUGGUAACUAUGGCAACGCGGCGUGGGGGGCGUCAGCUGACACUGGGCCCGAGGAUGUGGAGAACACGGCGGAGGAGAGAGCCAAUCACACAGAGUGUCCCCGUUCGCCCACCGUACUGAAGUGUGAGCUGAUCCAUGUAGCGUGCGUGUGUGCCGGUCACAACGCCAGCAGAGAUGUGGUCACCCUGGUCAAGUCCAUCCUGUUCCACAGGAAAAACCCUCUCCAUUUCCACUUCAUCACAGACGCAGUAGCCAAUCAGAUCCUGAGUUCUCUGUUCCAGUCCUGGAUGGUUCCGUCUGUCCAAGUUAGCUUCUACGACGCAGAUGAACUCAAGUCUGAGGUGUCAUGGAUACCUAACAAGCACUACUCAGGUAUCUACGGCUUGAUGAAGCUGACCCUAACCAAAGCGCUGCCCUCUGACCUCACAAAGGUCAUAGUCCUGGAUACGGACAUCACCUUCGCCACCGACAUCGCUGAGCUCUGGGCCAUCUUCAGGAAGUUCACUGACAAGCAGGUGAUAGGUCUGGUGGAGAACCAGAGUGACUGGUACCUGGGGAACCUGUGGAAGAACCACAAACCCUGGCCCGCCCUGGGACGAGGCUUCAACACUGGGGUCAUCCUGCUCUACCUGGAGAGGCUGCGACGGAUUGGCUGGGAGCAGAUGUGGAGGCUGACCGCCGAGAGAGAGCUAAUGAGCAUGCUCAGUACCUCGCUGGCUGACCAGGACAUCUUUAACGCGUUCAUUAAGCAGAACCCAGUCCUAGUGCAUCAGCUGCCCUGCUUCUGGAACGUUCAGCUGUCUGACCACACACGCUCCGAACAGUGCUACACAGAGGUGUCUGACCUCAAGGUGAUCCACUGGAACUCUCCUAAGAAACUUCGUGUGAAGAACAAGCAUGUGGAGUUCUUCAGGAACCUCUACCUAACCUUCCUAGAGUACGAUGGGAACCUACUGAGACGAGAGCUGUUUGGCUGCCCCAGCCAUGCCACCUCAGAGAGUGUACAAUUACAAGGAGCUCUGGAGGAGCUGGAUGAAGACGACCAGUGUUAUGACUUCCGGCGGGAGCGAAUCACAGUGCACCGCGUGCACCUCUACUUUCUGCAGUACGAGUACACGCCCACCGGGGACGACACGGACGUCACGCUGGUCGCACAGCUCUCCAUGGACAGGUUACAGAUGCUGGAGGCCAUAUGUAAGCACUGGGAAGGCCCUAUCAGCCUGGCCUUGUACAUGUCAGACGCCGAGGCCCAACAGUUCCUGCGUUACGCCCAGGCCUCCGAGGUGCUGAAGAACCGUAAGAACGUGGGAUACCAUAUCGUUUACAAGGAGGGACAGUUCUACCCUGUCAACCUGGUGAGAAAUGUGGCCCUGAGGAACGCCAACACACCCUAUGUGUUCCUGGCAGACGUGGACUUCCUGCCCAUGUACGGCCUCUAUGAUUACCUCAGAAAGUCAGUGGUCCAGUUAGACAUGGCCAACACUAAGAAGGCUCUGGUGGUACCGGCCUUUGAGACACUGCGCUACCGCCUCUCCUUUCCCAAAUCCAAAGCCGAGCUACUCUCCAUGCUGGACAUGGGGACCCUCUACACCUUCAGGUAUCACGUUUGGACCAAGGGCCAUGCUCCUACUAACUACGCCAAGUGGCGGACAGCCACCACACCCUAUAAGGUGGAGUGGGAGGCAGAUUUUGAGCCCUAUGUGGUGGUGAAGCGGGACUGCCCUGAGUAUGACCAGCGCUUUGUGGGCUUUGGCUGGAACAAGGUCUCCCAUAUCAUGGAGCUGGAUGCACAGGAGUACGACCUGAUGGUUCUGCCCAAUGCGUUCAUGAUCCACAUGCCACACGCACCCAGCUUCGACAUCUCCAAGUUUCGCUCCAGCCCGGGCUACCGCUACUGCCUGCAGACCCUGAAAGAAGAGUUCCACCAAGACCUGUCCCGGAAGUACGGCGCAGCCGCCCUCAAGUACCUCACUGCUCAGAGGAACAUCUAAACCAGGACUCCCAAGGGCCACUGGGCUCCAUAUCUAGGGCCCCAACGGCCCCACUGGCCCCCAUGCUGCUCCCUGGCAAGUCUGAAGGGGUUUGGGAAUAUUGGCAACUAUCCUCCAAUAUCUCAACUAAUCUUGGAUAUCAAGAUGGAGCUUUAAAGUCUUGUAGAAAUUUCUGGAGAUGUGUUAAACUUUCUGGGGUGGUUUGGGCUGGGAUGACCCACCCAACUAUGCUAGAAUGGAUUAUGGCCCAAACUGGAAUAAAAAAAAUGAACCAAACAGAACAGACAUGACAGUUGUCGCAAGAUGUUGGGCUCACUGGGAAGACGUUCCUCUGAGAGGGAUGAGUGGUUGACUGCUUUAAGCCAGGGAGGAAGUGACGAUUAUCAUGAUUUGUUCUGACAAUCAGGGCCUUUUCUGAGGAAAAUACAUUUCAAAUCAAUACGACCACAUGGGAUAUCUGUACCUGGAACUCAAGGACAGGACAUUUGGGAAACACAGAACUUAAAGAAGGGGAAGUUGCAUCUUCCCUGGUUUCUUCAAGGGGACGAAUCGGAAUCACGUUCGGAAGUGACCAAACGAACUGGAUAAACGUUUAAGCCUUAUAAUUUUCCAUUAUAUUUAAUAAGAUAUUUCAUGAUAUCAGUAUUUUUCUCAAAUGUAAAUGAUUAGCAAUUAAUAACAAACAAAUAUGGCAUAUAUAUGUUUUGAUUAUGAUAUUGCAUUAUAAUUCAAUUCUAUUUCCUUUCUCUAUUUUUGGGCCCCCCUGAAAGGAAAGAGUAUGUCCUUGUUUGAAAGCCUCUGAAGGAUUGAGCGGGGAGAAUAGCCAGGCAUCAUGGUUAAACUGGACAUUGUGUAUGUGUGUGCACUCACUGACUAAAUGAGCUGCUCACUAAGUCACCAUGCUAUGCCAUACUACAUUCUUACCACUCAAUGUCAUAUACUUUUCUCUUUCCUCUACAUCAUACUAAUAUCAUCAUGCAUCUAAAUAAUAUAUACAUACAGUAUCAGUCAAAAGUUUGGCCACACAUACUCAUUCAAGGGUUUUUCUUUAUUUUGACUAUAUUCUACAUAGUAGAAGAAUAGUGAAGACGUUAAAACUAUGAACCAGCACAUAUGGAAACAUGUAGUAACCAAAAACCAAAAAAAUGUGUUAAACAAAUCAAAAUAUAUUUGAUAUUUCAGAUUCUUCAAAGUAGCCACCCUUUGCCUUGAUGACAGCUUUGCACACUCUUGGCAUUCUCUCAACCAGCUUCAUGAGGUAGUCACCUGGAAUGCAUGGAGGAUGGGGAAUAAUUUAGGUGUACCUAAUUUGUGGAAUUCAUUUUCUUCUUAAUGCGUUUGAGCCAAUCAGUUGUGACAAGGUUGGGGUGGUAUACAGAAGGUAGCCCUAUUUGGUAAAAUAAAAAGUCCAUAUUAUGGAAAGAACAGCUUAAAUAAGCAAAGAGAAACAACAGUCCACCAUUACUUUAAGAUAUGAAGAUCAGUCAAUCGGGAAUAUGUCAAGAGAUUUGAAAGUUUCUUCAAGUGCAGUCACAACAAACAUCAAGCGCUAUGAUGAAACGGCACUCAUGAAGACCGCCACAGGAAAGGAAGACUCAGAGUUACCUCUGCUGCAGAGGAUAGGUUCAUUAGAGUUAACAGCCUCAGAAAUUGCAGCACAAAUAAAUGCUUCACAGAGUUCAAGUAAUAAGAUACAUCUCAACAUCAACUGUUCAAAGGAGACUGUGAAUCAGGCCUUCAUGGUUGAAUUUCUGCAAAGAAACCAUUACCAAAGGACACCAAUUAGAACAUGAGACUAGCUUAGACCAAAAAACACGAGCAAAGGACAUUAGACGGGUGGAAAUCUGUCCUUUGUUUUUUCAACGCUGUGUCUUUGAGAAACAGAGUAGGUGAAUGGAUGAUCUCUGCAUAUGUGGUUCCCAUCAUGAAGCAUGGAGGAGGAGGUGUGAGGGUGCUUUGCUGGUGACACUGUCGGUGAUUUAUUUAGAAUUCAAGGCACAUUUAACCAGCGUGGCUACCACAGCAUUUUAUAGUGAUACGCCAUCCCAUCUGGUUUGCGCUUUCAUUUGUUUUGCAAUAGGACAAUGACCCAACACACCUCCAGGCUAUGUAAGGGCUAUUUGACCAAGAAGAAGAGUGACUGCAGAGUGAAAGAAAAGCAGCCAACAAGUGCUCAGCAUAUGUGGGAACUCCUUCAAGACUUUUGGAAAAGCAUUCCAUGUGAAGCUGGUUGAGAGAAUGCCAAGUGUGCAAAGCUGUCAUCAAGCCGAAGGGUGCCAACUUUGAAGAAUCUAAAAUCUAUUUUGAUUUGCUUUUAACAAAUGAUAUGCUUUUUUUGUUGUUUACUUCAUCAUCUCGUGUGUGUUAUUUCAUCGUUUUGAUGUCUUCACUAUCAUUCUACAAUGUAGAAAAUAGUCAAAUAAAGAAAAACCCUUGAAUGAGUAGGUGUGUCCAAUCUUUUGACUGGUACCGCAUAGGUGUUAAUAUUAAGAUUCUUGUUUUUCCUUCUGCAUAUAUUUAUCCCCUCUAAGCCAAAUAUGCACCCAACUUCAGUCAAAAAUACAAGUCACCACUGAUUGGGACCAUCGCAAACAGACCCCAAAAAAAUCUAAAUAGCAACAACAAAAAAGCAUCUCGCCAGAAAUGCAAUGGCUGAAAAUAAACAGCCUGUUGUUGAAUUGUUAACAAUCACUACAGAAAUGCCAUGAGCGAUUGGAGCAUUACCAGUGCCAUGUCGAGAUGAGUAAUACACUGUAUGCUAUGUGCCAUCUACUGUAACAAACCUUGUCAUCUACCAAACAAGCCGUUCUCCUUUUACGAUGAACCUUUCGCCUUUUCUUUAAAACUUCAUUCCUUUUUCUAUUGACCCAUUCCUUGUUUUCUUUUUCGUAUACCACCAGGAAACCCACUUCUGUUCUCACAAACCAUCUCUUCUUUCUCUAAUCCGAACCCCUUCCUAAAUCUCUAUAUGCUACUACUACUGUUUUGAACUCUAUAGUACACAUAAUCCAUGGGACAACCGGGCAGUAACAAAUCAACCUUUCAACCCCAAUGAACCUACCACUCCAAAUGCCAAAUAUUAGGUAUACGCCUAAAGUCACGAGAAACGGCACAAGUGUUCAAGUCUAUUUGCUACUGUAAUGACUUUGUAAUGACUGAAUGGUUACAUAUAAUGCCACUAUGGGGUCGGCACAUACAACACAACUACGGGAUGGGCACAUACCCUGCAUCGUUACUAUGGGUUAGGUAUAUACACAGCUGCCAUUGAAUUGGCUACCAAGGAAUGGAUCAAGACACCACCUCUCCCUGCCACCUUCCAUGCCUCCCACAACCCCUGUCGACUGUUCUGAGUGCAGUAAAUGCUAGUGCCUUUGCUGUAUUGUGUAACUGGAUAUUGAUUGUACUGCUGUACGUUACCAAUGGGGCCUGAGGAUAGUCAGGCACUCUAUUUAUUAUUGUCGACUCAAAUCAAUCAUAUUUUUCUAUGUCGGGGACAAAGUGCUUUAAAUAAAUAUGCCCUUUUUCAACCA